AUGAGUGUGGGCACCAGGAAGCCAGUGUGGGCACCAGGAAGUCAGUGUGGGCACCAGGAAGUCAGUGUGGGCACCAGGAAGUCAGUGUGGGCACCAGGAAGUCAGUGUGGGCACCAGGAAGUCAGUGUGGGCACCAGGAAGUCAGUGUGGGCACCAGGAAGUCAGUGUGGGCACCAGGAAGUCAGUGUGGGCACCAGGAAGUCGGUGUGGGCACCAAGAAGUCGGUGUGGGCACCAGGAAGUCAGUGUGGGCACCAAGAAGUCAGUGUGGGCACCAGGAAGUCAGUGUGGGCACCAGGAAAUGAGUGUGGGCACCAAGAAGUCAGUGUGGGCACCAGGAAGUCAGUGUGGGCACCAGGAAGUCAGAGUGGGCACCAGGAAGUCAGUGUGGGCACCAAGAAGUCAGUGUGGGCACCAGGAAGUCAGUGUGGGCACCAGGAAGUCAGUGUGGGCACCAGGAAAUCAGUGUGGGCACCAGGAAGUCAGUGUGGGCACCAGGAAGUCAGUGUGGGCACCAGGAAGUCAGUGUGGGCACCAGGAAGUCAGUGUGGGCACCAGGAAGUCAGUGUGGGCACCAGGAAGUCAGUGUGGGCACCAGGAAGUCAGUGUGGGCACCAGGAAGUCAGUGUGGGCACCAAGAAGUCAGUGUGGGCACCAGGAAAUGAGUGUGGGCACCAAGAAGUCAGUGUGGGCACCAGGAAGUCAGUGUGGGCACCAGGAAGUCAGAGUGGGCACCAAGAAGUCAGUGUGGGCACCAGGAAGCCAGUGUGGGCACCAGGAACAGCCAGAGAUAUCAACACCCCCAGCAGCCAGAGAUAUCAACACCCCCAGCAGGAAGAGACAUCAACGCCGCCAGCAGGAAGAGACAUCAACACCGCCAGCAGGAAGAGACAUCAACCCCGCCAACAAGAAGAGACAUCAACGCCGCCAGCAGGAAGAGACAUCAACGCCGCCAGCAAGAAGAGACAUCAACGCCGCCAGCAGGAAGAGACAUCAACGCCGCCAGCAAGAAGAGACAUCAACGCCGCCAGCAGGAAGAGACAUCAACACCGCCAGCAGGAAGAGACAUCAACGCCGCCAGCAAGAAGAGACAUCAACGCCGCCAGCAAGAAGAGACAUCAACGCCGCCAGCAAGAAGAGACAUCAACGCCGCCAGCAGGAAGAGACAUCAACGCCGCCAGCAAGAAGUGACAUCAACGCCGCCAGCAAGAAGAGACAUCAACGCCGCCAGCAAGAAGAGACAUCAACGCCGCCAGCAAGAAGAGACAUGAACGCCGCCAGCAAGAAGAGACAUGAACGCCGCCAGCAAGAAGAGACAUCAACGCCGCCAGCAAUAAGAGACAUCAACGCCGCCAGCAAGAAGAGACAUCAACGCCGCCAGCAAGAAGAGACAUCAACGCCGCCAGCAGUAGUGAUCCUGACCCAGCUACGGGCAUCAGGUCCGGCUUCACCACCCACACAAGGUCAACAAUACUCUCCACAGAAUACAAUCAAGAUGUCUCCUAUACACAUUAAGGAAAGUCCUUCUGAUGGGCAGAAAAUUGUUUAUGUUUAA